UCACAGAUAAAGAGCAUUUCACCAUGUUUUACAGAAUGAAUGUCAUUUUGUGUACCAGGCUUCUUAAAGUCCUAAAUCAGUCCAAAAAUCAUCGUUAAGCAAUUCACAUAAAAUUAGAAAAAGUACCAAAAUAGGCUAUUAAGGUGAUAAAGAGCAUGUUUUGGGCUGUGAAAGAGGGCACAGGGGAGUUGCAUAAUGAAGCCCCUAAGGAAAACUUGAUGAUUUCAUUUUAUUAGCAGACGGAGAUCUUUGUUUAAACACAGUUGCAAAUGAAACACACUGCAUUGCAGAAGAAGCUGCAAAUUCAGCAGGUUGAUCGUCCUGUCUGAUUGUAGACCGGAUCAGAGGCACAGGCCAGAUGCUGUGUACCACCUCAACUUUUUGCCCCUGGUCCCGGGAGAAAAAGGCUACAGCCUCCGGGGAAAGCUGCAUCCUCUGAACUCUCUACUUGGCCCUGUGUAUGUGAUGUGUGGUGGCCCGGACUCCGAAGUGGCGAAUCUUGCGGUGCAAUCAACGUCUUGCACCGGGCCCGAACUGACAGGGCCGGAGGUCCAAUGAAAUAAGUCGACAUAUUGAGAUUGUCAAAUCAAAGGCAAAGAGGAGGCGCCGUGCCGGCGUCGUCUGAAUUACGUCAUGCACAAACAGCUGGUCGUUGGCAAAAAUCUGAAAAAAUGUAGACCAGCACAGCCACUGAGAACUGCACCCGGGCUGUAGCCCUCCACAAAAUAUUUGGCUUUUAACGAUGUGGCAACUGGAGCGUCUGGGCUCAGCAUGUAGCCCUCCGAGGCUCCUUUUGCUUGUUUACAUCCAUCUCUGCGCUCUUGGAGAUUGCCUUUUUGUGACUGAAUACUUCACCCGUACGCCUCGUAAGCUGAACGCUUUCAACUCAUUCGCCAGUGUGGAACUGUUCCACUUCAGUGUGCCUGACGACACCAUGAUGGCUGUAUGGAACCUCAUCACCUUCAAGGAGCAAGGGGGCAUGUUUGGAGACAGCUGCCCAAACCGCAAUGUGACUGUGUACUUCAGGUCUGGAGCACCGCCAGUAAUCAACCCCUUGUACACCCACUUCCCCCGGGAUACAGUUGUCCCAGGAUCCUUUGCUGUGACUCUGACUUGGACUCUUCCAAACCGCACAACCGGAGCAUUCAACGUGACCAGCCCGCUCCCUGGAGACUGGUUCCUAGCUGCACAUUUACCCAAGGAUGAAGGCAAGAUCUCGGUAAAGGGUCUGUCUGAAGAAUGCCAGUAUCUGUUCCAACCCCAGCUCAUUGUCCAGAGGUUAAUUGGGAUUUCAGUGCUCUAUCCUGGAUACUUCAUCGACCAGACGAUCCCCGUCCAUAACAGAUCAGCCCUUUAUAAAGUGUUCAUCCCCAAUUAUAUAUCAAAGGUGAAGGUUCAGCUGGUAAACUGCAGCACCAAGAACAAGAGUAGCGACAGUUGUCCUGUGGUCCUGAAGAUAAGAGCACGGGCGCCGCCGGUACAUAACUCAAGUGCCCUCGACUGCAGGGAGUGGAACCCUUGUGAAUUAGACACCCUCGUACCUGCCUGGGAACAGUGGUACUACAUCCUGGUGGAGAGAUAUCUAAGUAAUACAGAUGUCUACUUUCGCAUUGGGGUGCAGGUUACAGAUUGCUCCAAGCCCAAUUUGUCGAAGGACCAAGCACAGCCCAGCUCCUCCAUGAACAUGCCUCAGUCUUUUGGAACAGCAAUGGAUUUCUCCCUGUCUGAGACGCUGUCAAUGGCAGCUCUGCCCAGCCUGUCACAGAACGCCAGUCACUUGCACACUUUAGAGGACAGCAUCAUUUACCUCGCCCCCACCUCUGACACUAACAAGUGCUGGCCCAUCCGUCCGACCCUGCGCAAUGAACUGGAUACCUUUUCUGUGCACUUCUAUGUCUUCUUUGGCCCAAAUAUAUCAGUUCCUCCAGACAGGGCUGCUGUGUUUGCUAUUAACCUCAUGCCAGUUUUAGACAGUGGAGGAGUCCUCAACAUGGAGCUCAAGCUCAACAUGUCUACACUAAAAGGAGCUAAUGUGACAGUGUUUGGCUGCCUGAACCACGGGAUGCCUCUUUUCUUAAGGGAAAACUCUUCUCUGAAAUGUGAAUCUGAAUCUGUAGCUGGGUUUUUCCUUUCUCUAAACGCUUCAGCUAAUAUCACCAAACUGAGGAUUCCUUACCCACAGACAGGCACCUGGUACCUCAGUCUGCGCACUCUGUGUGCCACUGGACAUGGAUUUGAGGCGUGCACUAAUGUCACCACCGAGGUGUAUAUGCGCUCCUAUCUGACUCCUUGCAUUAAUGACUGUGGGACAUAUGGACAGUGCAAGCUUCUGCGCACAAACAACUACCUUUACGCUGCGUGUGAAUGCAAAGCAGGCUGGGAUGGCUGGGGAUGCACAGACAAUUCAGAGGCCUACUCCUAUAGUUUCCAGCUCCUGUCCACCCUGCUGCUGUGCCUCAGCAACCUGAUGUUUGUCCCGCCUGUGGCCAUCGCCAUUCGAAGCCACUACCUGCUUGAAGCUUCAGUCUACAUCUUCACCAUGUUCUUCUCCACUUUCUACCAUGCUUGUGACCAGCCAGGUAUUGUUGUCUUUUGCAUCAUGGAGUAUGAUGUCCUGCAGUUCUGUGACUUCCUCGGGUCACUCAUGUCAGUGUGGGUCACUGUGAUUGCGAUGGCCAGGCUAAAGUCGAUCAUCAAACAGGUGCUGUAUCUGCUGGGGGCGAUGUCUCUUUCUAUGGCUUUGCAACUAGACCGUCAUGGCCUGUGGAACCUGCUGGGACCCAGCCUGUUUGCUCUGGGCAUCAUGGCUGUGGCAUGGACGGUGCGCACCAUCCGCCGGCGGCGUUGCUACCCGCCCACCUGGAAGCGCUGGGUGUUCUUCCUCUUCCCGGGCACCAUGAUCGCCACAUCUGCUGUGGCCCUUUAUGCCUUCGUGGAGACGGAGGAGAACUACUUCUACAUCCACAGCAUCUGGCACAUGCUGAUUGCAGGGAGUGUGGGUUUCCUCCUGCCGCCACGUGCCAAGCCUGACGCCAAGGUGACCCCGCUGAAGCGUAGGCGGGGCUGUGGCUAUCAGCUGUGUGUGAACGAGCACGAGGAGCUGGGUCUGGUGGACCCGGCUAUCAUCUCCAUCAACAGUAUUUGUACCAGCUGAUACACUCCCCAGCUGCAGCCUUUUACCUUAGAGACACUUCAUUGCCUUCUUUUACUUGGGGAAAUUCACACAUGGGAAAUUAAGCCACAGAACUUGAAAAAGCAGUGUAAAUACUUUAAUGCAGAUGUGACAAAUUGGAUCUUUUUUUUCUGUUGUUAUUGUUAUGGUAAUUACUACGAAGACAACUGUAAUAUUAUCUAUAGUUAGUUGUUCUGAUUAAUUGUGGGUGUACAGUGAGCUGUUGUUUGUGAAUAUGUAUUUAAAAUCAAAGCUGAAACACUGCUGCUAUCUGACGGUGACUGUAAAACUGCUUCUGUUGGGUAUUUAUUGGUGGUCUUGUAAAGAGACCAUUUUACUGUUGGGGCACAGAUCAGGGGGAGAAAUGGGGGAACAUUUACCAAGGGCACGGCUUUUCUGAAAUUCUUUUGGAAUAUAUAUUUUGCACUGAGACACAAAAAUGUUACUCUGUACAUUUUUAUAACAGUAUGAACUACAGUGGGAAUCACAAAUGUAAAACCUAGUUGUCAUGUGGAAUGUUAGACUGUCUUUUGCAACUGCAAUGUAUUGCUUUCCCACGAAUGUGCUGAUUGUUCUUGAUGGUAACAACUCCAAAGUCCAGCUGCCUGUUGAAAGGGAAGAGGGGAGGCAGGAUUACUUCAGAGACCUCAAACCAAGACCUCACCUCCCUGUUCUUUUCUGACAGGACCUGUGUGACACCACAUUCAUAAACAAUAAAUGUUUUCUUUCUUUGCCUCAGUAUUACUCCUGAUUUCAAAGCUUUUAAAUGCAGUGCAACCGGUGACAAAGACAUCACACUGCAGUCGCUGGCCCUAAUGGAAGCCAGUGGUACUCAGACAGUGAGAUGAGAUGCUGUCAACAGUAUCCUCCCAGGAAUAGAGCAAGAGAUAAAUAAUUCUCCUGCAGAGCGGCAGCAUGAAUAUAGCUUCAGAGCAUACUGUUGAUAUGAAGCCUCCCUCUCCUGUAAGGAGAAGCAGAGCUGUGAGCUGUGUUUUAUGACUCUUUGCACGGUUCAUUAUUAGGUGCGAUCUAUCAGCAGCGCCUCAGGAUUUAUCAUUCUGUGUGUGUGGCAGGUCUUUUUUUAAUAUGAAAGAAUUCAUUCUUUUGGCAAGUGUACAUUUUGUACCAGGUAAAACUAAAGGUCGUACCUGGCCUUGACACCACACAAAUAAAAAAAUCAACACAGCCCUUAGAGGAACAGUUUGGCAUUUUGGAAAAUACACUUAUUCACUUUCUUAUUUACUCCAAAGACACAGACACACUUAGCAGUGAACAUAGUGGAGAAUGUAGAACCUACUGUAAAGAGCCAUAUAAUGAGCUAAAAGAGAAUGACUACUGGG